GGACCUGUUUCCUGGAGGACAAGGAGAACAGACACGUUUCUGGUGGUGUAAAAGGGACCGAUGGCAAUGCUUCAGAGUGUAGCGGAGACGCAGGAGAGAGAUUCAACCUGUUAACAAAAAAAAUUAAGCAGGGGGAAAAUAUCAACGGGAAGGAAAGCUAUAUAUACAUAUAUAUACACGUAUAUAUAUACAAUUUAGAAGUGUUCCCCAGGUGGCCACAAAGCAUGGGCUGUGUUCCAAGCACCAACCUCUCUGACAGCAGAGUGAUCUGUCACAGUAGCAAUGAGUCUGAGGAGUACAAUUUCCCUCACCAGACCAACACAACCAUGUCUCAACAGCAGCAAGGCAACCCCGUCCCAGGAUUAUUCAUUAAAUGCUACAACACAUCCACUUAUGAGGCGAGGACUAAUUCCUCUAAGAAAGACAAGAGGGAGAACAGCCAGAGCAUGGAGGCAGAGGCCCAGACCGGCAGAGCCAAUGUUAAGGCACCAGUAACAGAUGUGCAGUUUGGCCCCAUGAGACUUCAUCGAGAUCAACUUCAGGUACUUUUAGUGUUUGCUGAGGAGGACGAGCAGAGUAGCGGGUUCCGCUGGGCGUGUGACAAGGCUGGAUUUCGAUGCAAUGUUGCCAGGACACCUCAGUCUGCACUAGAAUGUUUUCUAGAUAAACACCAUGACAUUAUCAUUAUUGACCAUAGACAUUCCAGAUUCUUCGAUGCAGAAGCAUUAUGCAGGUCUAUCAGAACAACGAAAGCCUCAGAAAAUACAGUCAUUAUUUGUGUAGUACAAAGGCACCCUGAUCGUGAGGAGGCAUCGAUAUUGCCCCUGAUCUCUGCUGGCUUCACAAGGAGAUAUGUAGAAAAUUCUAGUAGAAUGGCCUGUUACAAUGAGUUGAUUCAGCUGGAAUUUGGACAGGUGCAGGCACAAUUCAAACUAAGGGCAUGUAAUUCAUUAUUUACAGCAUUAGAGAAAAGUCAAGAAGCCAUUGAGAUCACAAGUGAAGACCAUGUAAUACAGUACGUCAAUCCUGCUUUUGAAACAAUGAUGGGCUAUCAAAUAGGUGAACUAAUAGAAAAGGAAUUAACAGAAGUGCCUAUAAAUGAAAAAAAAGCUGAUUUCCUAGAUACUAUUAAUUCCUGCAUAAAAAUAGGAAAGGAAUGGCAAGGAAUGUACUAUGCGAAAAAGAAAAAUGGAGAUAGCAUACAACAAAAUGUGAAGAUACUACCUGUCAUUGGGCAGGGAGGAAAGAUUAGACACUAUGUGUCAAUUAGUAGACUGUGCAAUGACAACAAUAAGGUGGAGAAGACAUGUGAAUGUAUUCAGGCUGAAUCUCAGACAGAUACUCAGACUUGCAGACACAAAGACACGAGGAAAGGAUCCCUGGAUGUCAGAUCCACAACAUCACGUGGGAGUGAUGGCAGCUCCCAGCGGCGCCGCUCCUCCAUGGCCAGGGUUCAUUCCAUGACUAUCGAGGCUCCCAUCACCAAGGUAAUAAACAUCAUCAAUGCUGCACAAGAGAGCAGUCCCAUGCCAGUUGCAGAAGCUUUAGACCGCGCUUUGGAGAUUUUAAGAACCACUGAAUUGUACUCUCCACAACUGGGGACAAAAGAUGAGGAUCCACAUACAAGUGACCUUGUUGGAGGGUUAAUGACAGAUGGUUUACGAAGAUUAUCAGGGAACGAAUACAUACUGUCAGCAAAACAAACUCACCAGGUUGCUGGCAGUCUGAGCUCUCCAAUCUCCCUCAAUGACAUACCCCCACGGAUAACACAGGCAAUGGAAAAUGAGGAACAGUGGGAUUUUGAUAUCUUUGAACUUGAGGCUGCCACCCAUAAAAGGCCUUUGGUUUAUCUGGGUCUCAAAAUAUUUGCUCGCUUUGGAAUCUGUGAAUUCCUAAACUGUUCAGAAUCCACUCUGAGGUCAUGGUUACAAGUUAUUGAGGCCAACUACCAUUCCUCCAACUCCUACCAUAAUUCUACUCAUUCAGCAGAUGUACUACAUGCUACUGCUUACUUCUUGUCUAAAGAAAGAGUAAAGCAAACUCUGGAUCCGAUCGAUGAGGUUGCAGCGCUCAUUGCAGCCACAGUCCAUGACGUGGAUCACCCGGGAAGAACAAAUUCUUUCCUGUGCAAUGCUGGCAGCGAGCUGGCAAUUCUGUACAAUGACACAGCCGUGCUGGAGAGCCACCACGCUGCCCUGGCCUUCCAGCUCACCACCCGCGAUGGCAAAUGCAACAUCUUCAAAAACAUGGAGAGGAAUGAGUAUCGAACCCUUCGCCAAGUCAUUAUUGACAUGGUCUUAGCAACAGAAAUGACAAAGCACUUUGAGCAUGUCAACAAGUUUGUCAACAGCAUUAACAAACCCUUGGCAGCGCUGGAAGAAAAUGGGAAUAAUGGUGAUGGAGAGUCAAUCAAAACUGUUCUCAGGUCUCCUGAAAACCGUAUCCUUAUCAAACGCAUGCUGAUAAAGUGUGCUGACAUUUCCAAUCCGUGCAGACCCAGAGAACAGUGCAUUGAAUGGGCUGGACGCAUCUCUGAGGAGUACUUUGCACAGACUGAUGAAGAAAGGAGGCAAGGUUUACCAGUUGUGAUGCCAGUCUUUGACAGAAAUACUUGCAGCAUCCCUAAAUCUCAAUUAUCAUUCAUUGAUUACUUCAUUAUUGAUAUGUUUGAUGCCUGGGAUGCAUUUGCAGACCUGCCAAAUCUGAUGGAGCAUCUAAAUAAUAACAUCAAAUACUGGAAAGGACUGGAUGGAAGGAACCUGCGAGUCCUUCGACCACCACCAGAAUAGCAGUUAGACCAUGGUGUGUCAUUCACUAGCCAGAUGCAUAUUUAUUCAAGCUCACUUUUAUCUGUGUGAAUUCAGAUUUGUUUUGGUCUCUUCAGUAUUACAGUAAAGCUAGCCCAUGCACUUGGGGAACUUUGACAUUCAAGAGAACAUGAGGUCAGCAGCUGGCUUCCACAAAGUACCAUGUGUGGACUGGGAUGGAAUAAGCCCACCAAGUGGAAUUACACUGGAUUGCUGCAGUACUUGUACUGAAGAGGGUUUAUUAUGGACAUACUUCUGCGAUAUCUUCAUACCAGCAUGUGAAGCUGGAAGACCUUGAAGAGAAUCCUCAUAAAAAGGACAUUCACUAGAAGUUUAUCUAUCAAUAGAGACUCACAGCUUUUAUGUGAAAGCUACAUGCUUUUUAUAAGCACUUAAGACAGUUAUGUAGAACAAUCAGACAUUUAAAAUGCAACUGUCUAUGAAAGAAUUUUUGAUCUAUGAAAAAUAGAUGUACUGUAUUUUUUCACAUCACAGAAGGUGCAAUCAUUCACUUCUGAGCACUACUGAAAGUGAGUUCUCCUUAAGAAAUUUAGUAGCAAAUGUAAAAAUAACACAAGAAUUUUUGAGGUUGAUCGUUAGCAUCUAUGAUUAAAAUGUUAUGUUUUAUUUAUUUUGUUAGAUGUUCAAUAUUUUCUAUGAAUUUAUAAAUACUUAAAAGCCAAAGCCAACUUUAGAUGCAUUAUAAAUUUACAUGAUUCAUACUCAUUAAUAUACAUUUAAUUGAUGUACAGACCUUUUAUUUUCAUAAUGCAAAUACAAAAUACUAUACAAUGAUACAUUUUUAUUGCACUGUAAGGAUAGAUGUGUAUGUUUAAAUAUUGUCUGAUUUAUGUUAAUUAAAGUAAGUUUUAUUAAAAAGGUCUCACUUGAGAAUAGUAGAAUAAACAGGAACUGUAUACUUUCUGAGCACCAGAACUGUAGUAGUUCUCCCACAAACCAGUGAGGACCACCUGACCUUCUCUUGGCUACAAAAAUAAUAAUAUGUUGGAAGUCUUUGUUUUCUCCCAUGGCAUUUUACGACUGAAUUCCCUGUUAAAGUCUGCCUUAUUUUAUAUAGUAUUUCUACAAAGCAUUCCACAGCAUAUAUGGAAAGGUGAUACCAAGCAUCUAAUGAAUUUCAACAUUUUAUAGCCAAUGUAUUUUCCUCUGCUGUAAAAGAAAAAGAACAUAAAACCACCAACAAAAACCUUUAACUCAAGAAGUUUGUAAAGGCUGUGUACCUUCACAAUUUGAAUGAAACCUUCAUAGCAACUA